AUGGGAGUAAAUAGACGGGAUUCGGGAUUUCAAAUGGCGAGUCGGGGCUGUGAAAAUGGAUUGGGAAUUCUCCUGAUGUUCUUAGUGGAUUUACUCGGGAUCACGGCGACCAACAUGGAGCCCAUCUACUGGAAUUCCAUGAACAAAAGGUUUAGCGAUGAUAAGGGUUAUGUCCUCUACCCUCAAAUCGGGGAUCGUCUGGACCUCAUUUGCCCAGCGUCUGAGCCUCCCGGACCCCGGUCACCCACCGAAUACGAGUUCUAUAAACUGUACCUGGUUUCGUCACGGGAUCAGGCAGACAGGUGUGAAGUGACCGGAGCCCCCAACCUGCUUCUCACCUGCGAUAAGCCCAACAGUGAUAUGCGUUUCACCAUCAAGUUUCAGGAGUACUCGCCCAACCUGUGGGGUCACGAAUUUAAAACCAAUCAGGACUACUUCAUCAUCGCUACAUCAGAUGGGACGCGUCAGGGGCUGGAGAGCAUGAGAGGCGGAGUUUGCGCUACACAGGGCAUGAAGGUGGUGCUGAAAGUGGGACAGAGUCCAUAUGGUCUGCCGGCCAAAUCUCCCAAACCUGACCCUGCGGACCGUAUCAACAGCCUGAAUCCAGGUGCUGGAAACAACACACAUCCCAGAAUUCCCCCUAGAGGUCCUGGUGGAGAAAACGGCCCCCUUCCCCCCUCCAACAUCGCCGUUAUCGCAGGUGCAGCCGGCGGUUCGGCUUUCCUACUGCUCGUAACAGCCGUGAUCUGCGUGGUGUGCUACCGACGACGACAUGCCAAGCAUUCUGAAUCACACCACCCUCCGCUCUCCCUCUCGUCCCUGACCUCGCCCAAACGGGGCUGUGGCGGGGGCGUAGGAAGCGGCAACAACAACGGCUCGGAGCCUAGCGACAUCAUCAUCCCGCUGCGGACUUCUGACUCCGCCUACUGCCCACACUAUGAGAAAGUGAGCGGGGAUUAUGGCCAUCCGGUCUACAUCGUACAGGAGAUGCCACCUCAGAGUCCCGCCAACAUCUACUAUAAAGUAUGAGAACCGGAGACGACCUUACGACAACAUCUGCUAAGACCACACCCACCUUAAACGACUACCUAAGCCCCGCCCUCACAAUCAAAUCCCUGUAGAUCAGAUCCUUUUACAUUCACAUGCAUUUCUCCGACACCCUGACUGAUUGAGGUCGAUUGUGUCUGUGUCUGUGUGUGUGUGUGCGUGUGUGUGUGUUACCAUUUCUCGCAACUCACCCAACUUUGGCCUUUUGUUAGAGAGAGGUUGUCUCUUUGACGUCCCACAUGGGGAAAAGUUCUUAAAGCUAGAGAAGCCCUCCUGGAGUGAUUCAGCCAACUGAAAAAAACAUGAACUCCUUUCUUGGGGGCCAUUCUGGAGCACAAGCAUCAAAACUUUUUCUGAUGUACUUGCAAAAAGACUAAAAACACACAAAAAGAAAAGAAAACUCAACUUGUCAAUACCUACAAAGACAACAUGUGAACUUCGACUUCGAAUGCUACAUUUACUCACAAAUAGCAGUCUAGUUUGUGUUAAACUCCUUCGAAAGAGGGAGGGGCCAUCGAUUCAGCCAAUCGUCACACAGGGCUGCCAUCACAUGAUCUAGGACCCAUGUGUUUGAUUGGUGGAGUCGCAGUGGCGUGGAGAAUCUUGUAUAUUUUAAUAACGUGUGUAUUUUGUGAGUGUGUAGGAUAAAUAUUCCGACACUGCUGUCGCACACGUUGCGACCGGUGUGCUUCAGUGCAACUCGCGAGUGUUUUUGCGUACGGAUGAGUGCGUGUUUGAGUACAGUGUUAGCGUGAGCAUGGGAGCGUGUGACUGUUUCAAAACCAAAACACAAAAAUAUGAGCGAACAACAACAAAAAGUUUUUUUUAUCGCUUUCAACACAUAGAUUAUAAUUAUAUAUGAAUACUCAGUAAAAUAAUUUGUAGAUUUUUUUUCAUGUAAAGUUAGCUUGCUAGGCAUAAUUUUGGUUUUUCUAUUUUAUAUGACAUGCUGACCUUGUUUCUUACCCUUUUUGAGUUGUAAAUUAAUUUAAUGCUUUCAUUCCGUUGCAGAAACCGGGUUUGUUUGGUUCCCCCUCAUUCUCCUCUUUCCCUGGAGUCUCCUCCGCUCAACACAUAUAUUUUUAUAGCUCCUUUUACUCUGAUGUAGUUUUGAAGCUAGACCUCGUUUGUGAAUGUGUUGAGGUAGAAAAAUCCGAGAGAGUUUUUUUUUAUUAUUAUUUUUAAAGACGCUUGGAAUAAAGGGGGGAAAAAUCCAGAGAGGAGGGAAGAAUCGGAUGGGGGUGAAAUAAAAAGAAAAGUAUGCGAACACCGCCUGUUUGGGAAAGCAAACGCAUGAGCGAGGAAACUUCUAGAAAGACUGAAACUAUGGAAGAAUUACACAUUAAAAGAAAAAAAUAGGGGGAGGGGGAGGUGGGGGGGAGAGAAGGCAAGUUGAAAGAUGAGUGAAGGAGAAGAGAGAGAGAGGGAUGGAGAGGUUUUUAAUAAACUCGUCUGAAGCGGUGGAAGAGGCCGAUUUGGGGCCGGUGGUCUUCUGCGGUACAAAGAGCGGAAGAAACAAACUCAUUCUCUCAGAUGGACAACAGGAUAGAUGGACACACAUAAUUACUCUUUUACAGACACACAGUGCUCUUUUUUUGUUCACAUGAAGUGGGUUGGAAAUAUUUCUAGACUCGUUUCAAAUUCAUGAGUACCGGACGUGUCACAGCUUAGUAGAUAUGUUCACACACACACACACAUAUGGAGAAAGACUCAAACAGAAAAGCUCUUGUAGAGAUUUUCAUCACAUACACACAUGCACAGCUCAAAAACACAAUCAAAAGCCAUUCUAAUUGGGCAUACAUGCUGGUUACCUCAACAAAUGCCGUGAUUAGCAUUGUUCUUUCACAUUCUCUCUCUCUCUCUCUCUCUCUCUCACACACACACUCACACACACACACAGUCAUGCAGCUUUGUAACUAGCUGUGUGUACUGUAUAUCUCUGUUAUUGCCAAUGGAAAUCUCUCUUUUAGGCCUGAAAUACACUCUACGCAUGUAUGUGAACGCAAACGCUUCCAACUACACGUCGUUGCUUUCUGAAAUGUGUCAGGACUCAGUUGCAUUCUCAGCACAUAUUGGCAUAAACUAUGGUCAGUUUUCUCUGACAUGGCUGAUCAGCCGUCUGGCAAAGAAUCUUACAAAACUAGUUAGCUUCAGUUAGUCGAUGGCUGAAUUUGGAAUAGAACACUAUUCUUAAAAUAUCUGUCAUACAGUAUGCUAUUUCGAAAUAUUAGCUAAAGUGAAUUAAAAAUGGCAUGCUUUGACUAGCUUUUAGCUAAUUAGCAGAGAAAAUUUUGCCAUAUGGCGGUAAUGGUAACUACAGAGCCCCAUACAAAACAAGAUAUUGUUGCUACAAAUUAAGAAAUCAUUCAUACGAGUUAUUCAUUUGUGGCCACGUUUCAUUAAUUAGCUCUGUUGUUUUAGUUAAAUCCACACUUUAACUAAAGUGAGGGAACAAAGUACUACAACAUGGUCGCCAAUAAACUAAAACGAGGAAACUAAUUAAUACGUUUUAAUAAAUUUGUGGCCAUUUUAUCUUUUAUUUAUUUAUUUUUCCUGCAUGUCAUGUGUGAGAUUCCAUUGUAAGAACUGUAUGCUAGUAUGCUAUUCCGAAAACAGUUAACUAGUAGUAAAUAGUAAUGAAGCACCACACAUGUAAUGUGGGGGGAAAAGUAAACAAUUUAAUAAUUUGUUACCGAUUUUUACUUGAACUGUAUCCAAUUUGUACAUUUUGUAUUUCAAAAAGGUUGAUAUGACAUCUGUUCUUGCGUUUGCAAUGUGUUAACCAAGCCUCAGCAUACUAGCAUAGAUUAUUUUUCUGGCCUUAGGAGUACAAAUUGUGUUCUGUUUCACUGCCAUUGUCACAGUGUGUUUUGUAUGCGUGUAAAAGAAUGUUAUCGCUAAGAAAUACGCCGCAUACAUGCACAUAAUAACAAGCCAUUCAUACCCAAAUACGUUGGGGGUCUUAUUUUGCAGAUGUGAUUUGUGACUGACGUUGGGACUCGAACAAUCUGUUACUGUUUUCAAUCUGCCUAGAAAGCUUAAAUAUUUGUCUCUCAAAAGCAUUUAGUUUCGUAUCACUCUGGUGCAUCAAGACUGUGAGAUAUAAAAAAAAGAAACAACAUGACAUUGUUUUCCUGUCACAUUGAUGUUUUCUUCUUACACGCCAAUUUGGAUUUUGUCACUUCAAUAUCAAGUUGCCUAAAAUGUGGAGGUGUUACGUUUGUUCGGCGCUGUUGUAUUCGUGGGCUGUUUCAUACAUAUUUAAGCAUUCGAUUUCUGUUCAAAUUCUGUUUUUUAGCAUUUACUAAAACAAUCAGCGUAAGCCAUGUCUCUGACCCUGUGCACAUGGACUUGGAUACGUGUGUGUGCGUGCAGGUGUGCGUAUGUCCGAAACACACGUGGACAUCGUUCGAAGAUGGACCGACGCAUUGCGUUCGGAUCACAGAGGACACACGAGGAGACACAAACUCUCUCUGCUCACCAUCCUCCCUCCCAUCUUUCACAUUGAGUGGUUCUUUGUGCACUUGCUUUUCGCCACGAACGCUGGGACCAGUAUUCUGUACGCAGACACAAGCGGGGACGAACCACAAAGUGUGUAUUUUUUUUAGAGAACGCUUCAGUUGUGUGUACGUGUUUCUCUGUGCCAAUAGCCAGCGGGUGGUGGCCACUUUAAAGACCUCCAUUCCUCUCCAGUGAUGUGUUCAGACGUUUGUAAAACACCAUGUUUUUGUGUGUGCUGUUUUCUUUUCCGUGUCCAUCGCUCCAUCUUCCCCCUCACGAUCCCUCUCUUGUUUUCCCUCCUGCAUACAUGCCUUUAUAAAGGGUUAAACAACUAAUACAUUCCUUUGAAGAAAUGUUGAUUAAAAAAGACAAAAAAACUUUACAAUGCA